GAGCGGGCGGGGCGAAGGCGCCGAAGCGCUGAGGGAAGGGCCGUCGUGAGGGGCUGAGACAGUUGAAAUGUUGAAAACGUCACAAAGCAAGAUGUUUGCAGCUUUGAAGUAUCACGCAACAGACUAUUUAUAUGAGAGCAUGGCAAGGCAGAAGUUUUCCAUCUGGAAAUUAUCACUUUGCUUUCCUCCCUGUUUACAUCAAGAUGAAAAGUACCAUCUCAGUGGACUCUUUGCUGAUGAUAAGUAUAGGAAGCCAUGGACUAGAAUUGGUUCAACACAGAACAUGGUGGCUAUUUCAGUGUUGGAGCAAUGGAAGAAAAGUUUACUUGUGGAGGAUUUCCUGGAAAAGAAACCUAUCUCCUCUGUAGAGUUUCAGACUAGUAAUGAUUUGAUAGAAGUUAUUCCAAGUUCAAAUCCUUGCUCUCAGACUGACACAGAAGAAUCUUUUUUACUUAUGAAUAAUGCUUUUAAGGAAGACUCCACCGAAGACAAAUAUUUGAAGAUUUACUAUGCCACUGAAUUUAAAGAACCACAGCAAGAUUUAUGUUUGGAAGAAGAGUUUGUUUUUAUUGACAAUCUUGAAAGUUUUCUUAAAAAAUUGCCAACUUUAUCUAUACUUCUGAGCAGACUACAGUUUUUUUUAGUGAAAGAUCCCCUUUUAGAUUCUGAAGGCCAGUUUUUAACAGCAGAGAAUAUUUUCAGAGAAUGUUUGACUUUCCAAAAUGGAAUGAAGAUGGAAGAGAGUCAAAAUGAAUUGCAGGGGAUUAAAGAGAGUUUCUGUACUGUGUCUAUGAAAGAUGAAGAGUAUUUCCUGUUGCCUGUUGAUUUAGAAUUCCGCAAACCAGACAAUGGCAGAUCUGAUUGUGUUAAGAUUCCAUCAUACUUGGAACUAAAGGAGGUGUUAAAUUUAGCUCCAGUCAUUGUAGAUGAUGAAGACCUUUGCAAACAAGUGAUCAGAGAAGCUGAAUAUAUUCCAUAUUUGAAAGAUGAAAUGGAAGUGCCUUUAACUCCUCCAUGCAGACAACAAAGAUCAUGGGUUAGUUUUCUGUGCAGAAGACUUCAAGAAGAACCUAUUUCUCUCACUGGUAACAGUAUUUUGAUUGCAGAGCCCUCUAGGGAAUUCUUAGAAUCUUUGGUAUGGCAAUCAGAGAAGUAUCAGGAUAAUAUGAGCUCUCUUUUGCUUGUCGAGCAUCCAGCUGUUUACUGUGCACAUCAGCAUCAUUCACUGAGAGAGCUGCAGAAAAAGCUGAUACAUGAGAUUGAAGCACCAAUGUUUGGCUCACUAGAGGAGGGCUGGUGGCUUCAUAGGGGUUUAAAUCCAGCAGCUGUAGAAAUUUUGGAACAAUUCAAUAUGGAUGGAAGUAGUGCAAACAGUCUGCUUCCUACAGAAGUAGAAACAUUCACACAAUUUACAUCAUACCAAUUAGAAAGAUGGCUUGAGGAGAAGAAUUCUGUGGCAAACCAAGAGCUGCUUUCUGCUGCAAGACAUCAGUUGGAGAAAGUAGUUAAUCCUGACUUGUCACUGCAGAUUCAAAGGCAGAACUUUGCCAUGAGUGCUCCAUCACCUGCAAAAAUUCACAGCAGAAGUACAUCUGUGGCAGAGCUUACUGGAGGAAGCAUAAGCAAGAUUAAGACAGAAGAGGCAAUUUGCUUCUUAAACCAAGGAAAGAAAACCCCCAAACCAUCUGAAUCAGACAGCUGUAAAGAUGUGUCUUCUAAACUAGACAAAUCAUCCUGUGGUGGAAAGCCUGCAUCACUUACACUUGCUUCUAAAUGGGCCAGCGAUGAUUCAGAUCUGAACAACUUUAUUAUGAUGAGAUCUAAAUAUACAGUCACCCAAAGAGAGGAAAAAUAUUAUGGAGAUAGACCUGAAAAAGUGAUACAGCUUGAAGAGCAGCAUAUGAGUGUUCACAAAGAGGAUGAUUCUUUUUGUGAGACUGUAAAAACAGAGGAAAACACCCACGAAAAUAAAGACAGUAUCACUGUCAAUAUUCAACCAUCAGAAAGCCAAUGCCAGGCAUACUGCCUCUUGGAAGAAGCAGCUAUUCCCGUACUAAAAGAUUUGACAGACCUGGGUGUACUUGCUUCUGUUACUUGGAGCUUUGACAGUGUUAAAUUUGAUCAUACCAGGUUUUUCUUAAAACAACAAGAGAAAGUGAUAUGUGAUAAUUUUAAACAAGGUAGAAUAGAUGAGAAGGAGAUCAUGCUGUUCAGACACGCUGCUCUGGUACACCUGCUGGUGACAGUUCGAGAUCUGCUGCUAACAUGUGGCUUGGAUACAGCUCUAGGUUAUUUGUCCAAGGCAAAGGAUAUCUAUAAAAACAUUUUAGAAUCCUGUUUGAAUAAUAUCUGGAGGCAGCUGAAGAUUGUACAGUACAGCAGCCAGAAAAAACAUGAAACACAUCCCAAAAUAACAGCACUUCAGUGUGAAAUGUUAAAUUGGAUGAAAAGUUGUGGAGAGAAACACAGUGUUAAGAUACUAAUCAUUACAAGGGUGGACUCUGAAAGAGAAAAAGCUGCCUUCAUUCACCCAUUAUCUAGGAUAGAAGGUUUGAAAGCUGUGGAUUUGAAUUCUGAGAAAAAAGGAAGCCCUUUAAGUUGCAAAGAGAUCAUAAACAAUCUUAGUAGAUAUUCCUGCAUUAUUGUACAUAAUCAGCAAAUUGGAGCUGACUUCCCUUGGACACACUUCUCACUAGUAAUGGAAUACGAUUAUUCUGAAAAUUCUGGCUGGAAAAAUCUGUGCAAAAAUCUGAAUGUUACUUACAUGACUUUUAAAACCACCCUUCCUGAAACAAUACAAAUGGGGAAUCAUGGUGGUUCCUUUAUUCUGGAAGUACAGAUUCCAUAUGUAUUUCUGACGACUGAAGGUCUUCUUAAUAUGCCAGAUAUUCUUCAGCUUUUGAAUCCAAGUGAGUACAGUCUCAAGGGAAAUACUCUGCUUAACCUUGUCUUAAUUUAUGCCACUCUAAUUGAACUUGCACAGAAGUCAGAAGACUUUGAAGUGAAGGUAGUUCUUACUCCGGGAAUUGAAGAGACAGCACUGGUAAUUCGUCAGAUUGCUGACAACAUUUUGAUGGCAUCUAAUAUCAGUCCUCAUGAGUGGCUGGACAAAUCCUGGCUUUCUGUCUUGCCAUCUGAGCCAGAGAAAUGCCUGCUUACUUUUCCAUGUAUCAAUCCUUUGGUUGCUCAGUUUAUGUUAAAGAAGGGAUCUUCAUUGAACAGGUUAUUUCUUGCAAGCUUUGAUCAACUCCAAGAACUUCUGCCACAGGCUCCAAAAAAAGUUUUAAAGCAUUUCAGUGACAUGGUAUCUUCAUACAGCCUGAAUACUGCCGCUCUAGAAAAAACAGUGAAAGUUGCAUCACACCCAGAAAACCAGAAUAAUGUCAACACAUUGUAUCUUGAUAAUAAACAGAAUUGUCAGAUUUUAGAGCUGCUUGAUAAGGCACAAAACAGCACAGGAACAUCUCAUUUGAAUUCUGAAGGCCUAAUUCCUCCACUGAAUCAUCCUAAGGGUUUUUUAAAGUCUGAUCUCCCAAGUUGUAUGCAAAAGAAAGCAUGCUCAUCAGAUGUGAUCACAAGGAGAAAGCUGGAUUUCUUUGCUCUAUCAAAGGACUAUGAAGAUUUUACUCAUCUAGAAGCUAAAAAUUCUCUCCAUGUUCAAAGACAGCCUUUCAGAAUGCAUGAUCGCUCUGAUCUUUCUUCCAAAGACUCUGAAAAAGAGGAUUUCUUUGCAGCUUUCAGUGACUGUGCACCUCAGGAGAGGUAUAAGAGUUUUCUAGACGAAUUUAGAGACACAACAUUUAAAAGCCCAGAAAUUCAGAUUGACCAGCCCCUGUGGAAUGAUUCUUCAUCCACAGUCCAAUGUAAUUCAUUUGCUCAUGAUUGUUUUCUCUCUAAUUUCUUUGAUGAUAUGGAUGAGCUUCAAAAUCUGAAUUUUAGCCAAAUAGGUGAAAUAAUAGGUAAAACACCUAAAAGAAAGAGAAAACAAAGGCCUCCAUUAUUAUGGACAAAAGAAAAAAUUCAAACAGAUUCAGGAUUUCCAGAAGGGGAGGAGUUAAAAAAAAGGAGAUUGACAUAUGAAAGAGUCCCUGGAAGAAGAGAUGGACAAACACGUCUUAAAUUCUUUUGAGCAGGAUUAGGAUUUGCAUAUUACAUACUUUUUUCUUUUUUCGUUCUUGAACUCUUUAAAGGGAACUAAAUUAAUUAUUGUUAGUUUUUAGAAAGUAGUUAGGAUUUGUAAAUACUCACUAGCUCAGGAUUCUUCUGUAUGUUUUUAAAGUGUUGCUAAACAAACUAGUUUCUUGAAGCUGGAUAAUUACAGCUUCUCUGUUGUUGUGGGUGAUAUACAGCUACUUUACCACUCUUUAUGUUAAAAAAAAAAAAAAAAAAAGAAAAAAGAAACAGAUGCCAAGGCUCACUCUGUGUUUUCAAGGCAUCUGUGUUUGAUCCCUGAGUCUGCUGCUUUUCCAGAGUAAAGAUGGGCUAAAUCUGCCAGAAUCUCAAGGCAUCUCAAGGCUUCUCAAAGUCUUAGAGAUUUCUUGCAAUUACAGCUGUGACUUUUUGUAGCUGUCCCUUGAGCUCAAUUCCACUUCUCCUCUUCUGACAGCUCCUUCAGGAACAAUAAGUUUUCAAUCAUAGUCAGUCUAGGAAAAAGCUCUUUGUUUUAUGAACAACAUGUUAAGACUCUGUUGAAAUUUAGCAUUCUCACAGAUGUUAUUCAGGGGACUAAGCUGUGACCCUCACCCUUUGCAUAACCUGCUGGAGGUCAUUUGUUGGCAUCCAUGUUUUUCAGCCUUCUGCAGGGCAUUGGCAAGUAGGGGGAUGAAAGUUAUCUGGGAGGCAGAUCCAGAUAUAGGGUACAACUAGAAGGGGUGAAAGAUUGAAUUUUAUAAAAAAAUUAAAACAACUGUCUAUCUCUGUUGUAAUCUAAAGAACGGGCUAGAAUAGUACCCAAACCCUCACUUUUCAUCAAAAGAUUUGGCAACAAACUGGAAAUAUGUGUGGGAGCAAUGGUAGACAGUAAUUCCAUUCUGCCACAGGAAUGCAUAAAUGAUUUGCACUGGCAUGCCAGAAUAUCUUUCUCUGUUCAGUGGCCUUCAGCUGAGGUUAUUCAGGUUUCAAACUCACCAAUCUGCUUAAGUUUGAUGCACUAACAGAAAUGGGGGGUGGGGGUGGAGGUAAUAAAAGAAAAACCACCAAGUUUAAGGUUUAUGUUUGCACUUAAAUACUUACUUGACAUAAAGCCUUCAUUAAGCACAUACUCACUAUUUGAGUAAACGAAACCAGCACUUAAGGAAGAAAGAUUUGGUCUCUUGGAGAAAACAGUUGUUUUUUGACUGAAUUCUUAAAAGCUAUGACUGCAUUAACUGCAAUUUUAGUUCACUGUAAUAUUCCUGAAUUAUUUGUACACUGAUUGUUUGCAGGAUUUGAGAAAAUACCUUUCACAAGUGGUAACAUAAAAAGAUUUCUAGUAAAAUUACAACAAGCCACUGUUUCCUAGAAUAAGAGAAAGACUGAAAUAAAAGUUGCAAUUUGCUUACUA